UGUAAUUCUUAAUUAUAAAGAAAAUGUCGUCAAAAAAUGAUUCAAAAUGGACAUCAUUAAAUGCCAUACAAGAACUUAAUAUUAAUGCCAAAUCAACCAAAUCUAAUUGUGAUGAUUCUAUAAUUAAUAAAAAGAAUGUGAUUGAAAAAGCUGCGCAACAAAAUGAAAACCCUGGUGAAAAUUUACCCCGGGAAGAAAUUCUUAGGCGAAGAGUUCUCCGAAGAAAGGAAGAAAAACUUCAAAAUCGCCUUGCAAAAAUGGAAGAAAUGAGGUUACAAUAUAUAGACUCUAAUAAAAGCAACAAAAUAUCAAUCAUAGAUCAAAAAACUAAGGAUUCUUUGCACGAUAAAUCAAAUACUACAACAAGCUUCAAUUUUAUAGGAAUUAAUGAGAAAGAUGAUUAUAAAUCAAUUAAAUCGUCAAGAAAAACAGAUCUUAUUCAGUUGCAAUUAAGUUCUUUGACUAUAAGUGCAAAGAAACAAAAUGAAAAAACUACCAAAAUUACUACUACUAUGACAGAAUCUUUGAGGAAAAGGGGAAAAGUACGUGAAAACAAGACGAAGAAAAUUACUAAGCUGAAGAAGAAUAUACUUCAAUGCCGAAAUGAAAAAAACAAUGAAUCUUGCACUGAUGAACAAAGCGAUCAUCAAUUGAACAAUUUGUCAGAGACAAUAAUCAUUAAUAAUGGCUUUGAAAAUAUGAAAGAAAAAGAUCUAAUACUGUGUGAUGAAGAGAGGAGGCAUCUACUCACCGAGUUAAAAAAGCACUUGAAAAGUCUCAUAGAAUCUCUUUAUAAUUUUCAAGAUCGUGCAUAUAAAAAGAAUCCUAUUAGAGCAAAUAUGAGGAGAAGAUAUGUUGCCGGGUUUCAUGAAGUUCUGAAGAGUGUCAAAAUGAAGAAUGUAUUUUUAAUCAUAAUCGCUACAGAUAUUGAGAAAAAAGGCUGUGAAGGUGUUGUAAAUGAAAUUCAGACAAUUGCUUCAGAAGAAAAUGUUCCACUCAUAUAUGCUUUGAAACGAAGAGAAAUUGGGCAUCUUACUCACAAAAGAGUUCCGGUGAGCUGCAUAGCAAUAUUAAAUAAAGAAGGGGCAGAGGAUGUGUUUAAUAAGUGUUUGGAAUAUAAUGAUAAACUUAUGCAUGGAAGAGAAUAG